ACUCAAUUCCACUUUAGUAGAAUUACAACCUUAAACGUGUUCAGUAACAAAAAAAAAAAAAAAAUUAAAAUACAAUUUACAAGUUUUUAACAUUACACAAUACAAACGAACCUUAAAUAUUUAAAAUGUUUGCAGUGAAAAAAAAUAUCACAUAUUUUAUGAUAUUCUUAAUUGUAUUUACCUGUUGCACUCAAGAAACGGAGGGUCUACGGCGCGUAUUACGUGGCCGUCGCACACUAACACGCAGAUACUUCACUGGCCUUGCCAUACCUGGUUGGUCGCUUGUCCUGCUGAUUGGUAUAAGUGAACUUUUACUCGGCGCUAUCUUGUAUGCGGUCAUGUAUAAAGUGAUAUUAACCAAGGAAGUCGAAUCAAGGAAUACAUACGCACCGGCGCCAACGAAUGAUAUUUAAACGGAAGACUAUGGAAUGCACAAAGUGGAAAAGAAGCACACAUACACACUCGUACACAUUCGUAAAAAAAAAUAAGAAUAUGGAGAAAAUGAGAAGGAUAAGAAGGAAGAGUAAAAUGAAUUUCGUAAGAUUUUAGCCGUAAGGGAAUAUUGUUCGCUUCUUUUUUUUUUUUUUCAUAUGCAAAUUAUUUAAAUAAUACUUUUAUUUGAUUGUAUUCACCCAACUAAAAACUAUAUAUAAACAUUAUCAUGCCAGUAAUUUGAUGUAAACUAAUUUUAUGUUUUAUGAACUUGUCAGUCCUGGUUACAUUUGAAUAAAUGAAUUAACUUUGAUAA